AUGGGGUGCUCCAAACUCAUAGCUGGCAUGCUCACCAUGCUCCUCCUUGCUCCAGCUGUCCAUGCCACGGACCCUGACCCUCUCCAGGACUUUUGUGUCGUCGACCUUGAUGGCAAGGCGGUCUCGAUGAACGGACAUCCAUGCAAGCCCAUGUCGGAGGCUGGUGAUGACUUCCUCUUUUUGUCCAAGCUGCCCAAGGCCGGCAACACGUCCACCCCGAACGGCUCGGACAUGACGGAGCUCGACGUGGCUGAGUGGCCCGGUAUGAACACACUAGACGUGUCCAUGAACCGCGUGGACUUCCCACCCGGAGGCACCAACCCGCCGCACAUCCACCCGCGUGCCACCGAGAUUGGCAUCGUUGUCGGCGUUCUGGGAACGGGGCUCCUCGGCAGCCUUGACUCCGGGAACAAGCUCUACUCCAGGGUGGUGCGCGCCGGUGAGACGUUUCUCAUCCCGCGCGGGCUCAUGCACUUCCAGUUCAACAUCGGUAAGACGGAGGCCUCGAUGGUCGUCUCCUUCAACAGCCAGAACCCCGGCAUCGUCUUCGUGCCACUCACGCUCUUCGGUUCCAACCCGCCCAUCCCCACACCGGUGCUCACCAAGGCUCUCCGGGUGGAGGCUGGGGUCGUGGAACUUCUCAAAUCCAAGUUCGUUGGUGGGUCUUAAUUCCUGGGAGCCAGCCCUGAAAUGAUCAAUAUAUAAUUCGAUAUAUGCAUGCUAGCGAAAUUUAAUAAUUCUCAACAGA